CACUUGCAUACUGAAACCAAGCUAGUGUUAUUCGAACACAUCUCAAUGGGUACUCCCACAAUUCUUACUUCAUUUUUCUUUUUGUUGUUAGGUCUGGGCAUAUGCUCCGCCACUAGAGCCCUCUUUACUCUUCCAGAAAUACCGAGUGGUGGGUAUGGAGGUGGGGGUGGACAAGGUGGUGGUGCAGGCUAUGGUGGCGCUACAGGUGGACAUGGGGGUGGUGGUGGUGGUGGUGGUAGUGGUAGUGGUGGUGGAGUUGCUUACGGUGCUGGAGGUGAGCAUGGUGUCGGGUAUGGAAGUGGAGCUGGACAAGGUGGUGGUGGUGGCUAUAGUGCUGCUGGUGGAUAUGGAGGUGGUGGCGGUGGUGGUAGCGGAAGUGGAGCUGGUUACGGUGUUGGAGGCGAACAUGGUGUCGGGUAUGGAAGUGGGGGUGGAGAAGGUGGUGGUGCUGGUGGAUAUGGAGGUGGUGGAGGUGGUGGUAGCGGAAGUGGAGCUGGUUACAGUGUAGGAGGUGAACAUGGUGCUGGAUAUGGAAGUGGUGGUGGAGAAGGUGGUGGCCACGGGGCUGGAUAUGCUGGAGAACAUGGAGCUGGAUAUGGAGGUGGCGGGGGUGGUGGAAGUGGAGGUGGUUAUGGUAGUGCUAUAGGAGGCGAAGGUGCUGGUCCUGGCGGUGAUCAAGGGGUUGGUUGCGGAAGUGGUGGUGGUAAAGGUGGUGGAGAAGGAUAUGGUAGUGGCGGUGAACAUGGAGUUGGAUAUGGUGGAGGUGGAGGAGGUGGUAGUGGUGGUGGAUACGGUGCUGGGAAUGAGUAUGGUGGAGGACAUGGAGGUGGUAGUGGUGCUGGUGCUGGAGGUGGUUAUGGUGGAGGACCAAUUGGUGGUGCUGGUGGAGAAUACGGUGGAGGAGGUGGGGGUGGGAGUGGUGGAGGUGGAGGUGGAGGCUAUGGAAGUGGCGGAGCACAUGGAGGAGGAUAUGGAGGUGGGAGUGGUGGAGGUUAUGGAGCUGGUGUAGGAUAUGGUGGAGGAGCAGGAGGUGGCCAUGGUGGUGGGGGUGGAAGUGGUGGCGGUGCAGGAGGAGGUUAUGGAGAUGGAGGACUAGCACAUGGAGGAGGAUAUGGCGGAGGAGAAGGAGGUGGGCAUGGUGGAGCUGCAGGUGGCUAUAGUGGAGGAGGUGGUGGCGGGGGCUCUGGAGGAGGCAGCGGUGGUGGUUAUGCUGCUGGAAAUGUGCAUGGCGGAGGGUACGGAGGAGGUGAAGGUGAAGGAGGUGGGCAUGGGGGUGGCUAUUUCCCCUGAUAGCAUAUUUGCAAAUGUUAGGCUCGAGGAGGAAAGUUCUCGGCCUAGCUGGUGGCAUGGAAAAUAAUGUAUUUGAUUGGUUAAUUAAUUAGAAUAUAUGCAUGCAAUAUGUAAUAAAUUAUGCUGAUUUAUUAAAUGCUCGUUGGAAAUAUAAUUAACUAACUAAUGUAAUGCUCUUUGCCACUUCUUUUUUAAGAAAAUAAAAGUGUAUAAUGGAGCCGUGGGAGUGGCAACCCUCUCUUUGGGCUUCAAACUUUGUGGAGGAAA